CAGGGAGCAGGAUUCAAUAAAACGUAAGCUUUGGUGGCCCUUGACAACCCCAACAACAACAAGGUCCCGUCCUGUAAUUUUGACGCCAUUAACAUGCCUGUUGGAGCCAGUGGAUUAUUGAGCUCUAAGCCCAAGCCAUCAGCAGAAAGUGUACGCUGCCAGAAGUGCCUGGAGUUUGGUCACUGGACAUACGAGUGCAAGGGUAAGAGGAAAUAUGUUCAUCGAGAGACUCGCACAUCCAUGCUCAACAAGAGAGUUAAGCAGGAGAAGCAGGAACAGCAGAUUGAUAACUUAAAAAAGAUGGCAUCAAAUAAAGAAAGAUCACAGAGACGAGACAAAAAUCAUAAAUCCAGUGAUUCUGAUUCUUCCUCCUCAUCCUCAUCAUCUUCCUCAUCAUCAUCAUCAUCGUCAUCGUCAUCGUCAUCUUCAGAUUCAGACAGUUCAGAUACUGACUCGACAGACUCGUCAUCUAGUUCUUCAGUGUCAUCAUCCUCAGAUUCAUCAAAGUCCUCUGGUUCAGAGACUCAGAAGAAAAAGAAAAGAAAGAGAAACAGUGCCAAGUAAUGAGAAUUAUAUUAUUUAGGAUUUCAUUUAUUUUUGAUAUUGUAAAUUUUCAUAUUACAUGUCACAUUUAAAAUACUCUUUGUUCUUAUUUGACAAUAUGAGAGAAUGCAGUAAACCCUCUAUUUAAAGGACUAAUUGGGGAACAAAUGGGUGGCUAAUAAUGGCAGUUGUGAUGGGUAGAGAAUAGAUUGUUUUGCCGUGAUUAUAACAAUAAUAAACAAUCAUGCAACCAAAGGACUCUGUCCAUUGUUUACAAAUCUAUUGACUAAUAGGUUUUGUUCUGUAUUUCUGUAUUUCUGAAGUCUGUUAAAUGGAGGGUUUACUGUGGAUGUUGCAUCCAUCUUUUUUCUCAUAACAUUUAAUGUACAGUAUAUUCAAAUAUUAUUUAAUAAACUCGGUAAGUUACUUUUUAGGAGAA